AUGUCAGAUUUGUUGACAAACGUCCACGAAACAGCUGGAAUUUCGAAAGAUUCCGGCAAAAUAUAUUUAGUUUCAGGAAAUUAUAAAUACUACCAUUACCUUUGUGAUGGAUUCGACGAUAGAGGCUGGGGUUGUGGCUACAGAACUUUACAAACAAUAUGUUCCUGGAUGACUGAAAAUGUUAACAGUGAAGCCAAAGUUCCCUCGAUACGAGAGAUACAAGAUAUUUUAGUCCAACUCGAAGACAAACCACAAAGUUUCUUGGGUUCAAGGCAAUGGAUUGGUAGUUUUGAGGUAUGUCUCGUAAUAGACAAAUUAUAUGACAUUCCAAGCAAAAUAGUGCAUGUGAAUCAUGGGGAUGAACUGAAGACUAUAGUGGACACUCUGGUAUCUCAUUUUGAUAAGUUUGGCAGUCCAGUGAUGAUGGGCGGGGAUGUGGAUGCUUCCUCCAAGGGAAUCCUAGGUGUUCAUGUUGGACAGCGAAAUGCUAGUUUAUUGGUAGUGGAUCCUCAUUAUGUUGGUAAGGAGCAAACAAAAGAGUUUCUAUUCCACAAAGGAUGGGUGAAGUGGCAACGACUGACAGAUUUCAUAGACACCUCAUUUUAUAAUCUGUGUCUACCGCAAGUUAAAGCUAAGUGCAAAUAA